AGACAGCCUUCCUCCUCCUCCUCCUCCUCCUCCUCCUCUUCGGAAACGGGAUGUGAUGUAAAUACACAGCAACUUUUUUUGUUCCCCUCUCUUUGGAUGUGCAGAUCUUCUUCUUCCAACACACAGCUGAAGGAAACCCAGCAGCAGAAGAUCCAAAAGAAGAAAGGCACGGCAGCCAGCGAAGCGUCCCCGUUACUUUUCUCCACCAUGAGCCCGUGAGCUCCUCGGCUGUCUCCGACUGCCAGCUCCCGACCUGCCGGACUGGACUCCGAGAAAAACGGAUCCAACCGGGAGAGGCUCGCUGCUGUUGUGGAUCCGGAGGGACCCCGCGGACAGAGAUGUAGCGUGUGUGUUGGUGUGAUCGGUGGACCAUCAUGCACCUCUUCCUGCUGCUGAUCCUUCAAGCUGCAGCAGCCUUCGGACAGAUCGACCCCGCACACUGUCGCUAUGCCUUGGGCAUGGAGGACGGACGGAUUAAGGACGAUGACAUCACGGCAUCCAGCCAAUGGUACGAGACCACGGGACCACAGUACGCCAGGUUGAAUCGUGAGGAGGGAGACGGCGCCUGGUGUCCUGAGGGACAGCUGGAGCCUUCAGACAGUCAGUACCUGCAGGUGGAUCUGGGGAGGCUGACUUUCCUGACGGUGGUCGGGACUCAGGGACGAUACGCCAGGAACUCCGGGAACGAGUUCGCCCGAGCUUACCGCCUCAACUACAGCAGGGACGGCCUGCUGUGGAAGUCCUGGAGGAACCGGCUGGGAAACACGGUGAUGGAGGGCAACAAAAACGCCUACGCCUCCGUCAUCAACGACCUUCACCCUCCAAUCGUCACCCGCUACAUCCGGCUGAUCCCGGUCACCAAACUGUCGACCACCGUCUGCAUGAGAGUGGAGCUGUACGGCUGUCCGUGGGAGGACGGUCUGAUCUCCUACAGCGCUCCGGAGGGUCAGCUCAUGAUGCCGCCUGGUUAUCCCAUCGCCAGCCUCAACGACUCCACGUAUGACGGAGCACAUGAGAGGAGGAGGCUGUUUGGCGGGAUGGGUCAGCUGACGGACGGUGUGAUCGGCCUGGACGACUUCCUGCUGACGCGUCAGUACCACGUGUGGCCGGGCUACGACUACCUGGGCUGGAGGAACGACUCGCUGGGAACUCUGGGAUACGUGGAGAUGGAGUUUGUCUUUGACAAGCAGAGGAACUUCACCUCCUUGAAGGUUCACAGUAACAACAUGUUCUCCCGCGGUGUGAAGAUCUUCUCCUCCGUCUCCUGUUGGUUUAAGCCCCGCCUCAUCGCCGGCUGGGAGGCGGAGCCUGUGGCGUUCAAGACAGUGCUGGACGACAGGAACCCGAGCGCGCGCUACGUCACCGUGCCGCUGAACCGCCGCACCGCCAAAUCCCUCCGCUGCCGCUUUUACUUUGCCGACGUCUGGAUGAUGUUCAGCGAGAUCUCCUUCCAGUCGGAGGACACCGUACUCCCGACCCUGACCCCGGAGGUGACCCCCACUCCAGCCAGUGUGGAGAGCACCAUGACAACCACACCAAAAACAGCAGCCAGUCCAUCAGCCAGUGUCCCGCCAGAUGACGGGAAAACGCCCAUUCUGAUUGGCUGCCUGGUGACCAUCAUCCUGCUGUUGGUCAUCAUCAUCUUCCUCAUCCUCUGGUGCCAGUACGUCUGUAAGGUGCUGGAGAAGGCUCCACGUCGGAUCCUUGACGAGGAGGUGACAGUUCGCCUGUCGUCCUGCAGUGACACCAUCAUCCUCCAGACCCCCCCUGUGCCCCCCCGCUCCGGCCACGCCCCUACAGGCCCCGCAAACUCAGACCCUCACUAUGAGAGAGUUUUCCUGUUGGACCCACAGUACCAGAACCCGGCGGUGCUGAGAAACAAGCUGCCAGAGCUGUCACAGAGCGCAGAGGCCUCAGCUCUCCUCCUCGGUAAUCCUCUCUAUGACCUCCUCCUGCUGACUUCCUGUCACAUGACGUCAGGCUGGCUGCGUGCGUGUGGAGGAGGCUACGCCGAGCCUGAUGUCACCCAGUGCACACCGCACCAGUGUUUCCAUAGCAACGCACCGCACUACGCUGAGACGGACAUCGUGCGGCUGCAGGGCGUCACCGGCAGCAACAUGUACGCCGUCCCCGCCCUCACCGUGGACUCUCUCACCAGGAAGGACAUCUCUGCCGCUGAGUUCCCGCGGCAACAGCUGAUCUUCAGGGAGAAGCUGGGGGAGGGGCAGUUUGGAGAGGUCCACCUGUGUGAGGCCGAGGGACUCCCAGAAUUCCUUGGGGAGGGGUCGCCUCUCCCUGACAGAGAUGGCCGUUCGGUGCUGGUGGCUGUUAAACAGCUGAGGGCCGACGCGACCAGCCAAGCCAGGAACGACUUCCUGAAGGAAAUAAAGAUCAUGUCUCGUCUGAACGACCCCAACAUCAUCCGGCUGCUGUGUGUGUGUGUGUCGUCCGACCCGCUGUGCAUGGUGACCGAAUACAUGGAGAACGGAGACCUCAACAUGUUCCUGUCACAGCGGGAGAUCGAGAGCACGCUGACACACGCCAACAACAUCCCUUCAGUCAGUCUAUCCGACCUCCUCCACAUGUCGGUGCAGAUCUCGUCGGGGAUGAAGUACCUGGCGUCUCUGAACUUCGUGCACCGCGACCUGGCCACCAGGAACUGCCUGCUGGACCGCCGCCUCACCAUCAAGAUCGCCGACUUUGGGAUGAGCCGAAACCUGUACACCAGCGACUACUACCGCAUACAGGGCCGGGCGGUGCUGCCCAUACGAUGGAUGGCCUGGGAGAGCAUCCUGCUGGGUAAGUUCACCACAGCCAGCGACGUGUGGGCGUUCGGUGUCACCCUGUGGGAGAUCUUCACUCUGUGUAAGGAGCAACCCUACAGCCUGCUGUCCGACGAACAGGUCAUAGAGAACACUGGCGAGUUCUUCAGGAACCAGGGCAGACAGAUCUUCCUCUACGGCCCUCCGCUCUGCCCACCAUCUCUCUUCGAGCUGAUGAUGCGUUGUUGGAGUCGCGACAUAACCGACCGACCCACCUUCGAGGGACUUUACCAAGCCCUGAGGCCCCAUGUGAACCAGUGAGCCGAGGCCGCUGGGAUGUACCACUGAGGCUUUCCUAGGUGGGUUUGUCCAUCUCUGGACUCCUGUAAGAUGACAGAUUGACACGAGAAGACAGAGGACUGGAAUUGCGUUACAAGAGUAAGUCGCCGUCAGAGGGAAUGAAGAAACUGGCUGUGGUCAGAAGUUUGGUUUGCUUUGUGGUAACAGCAGCACUCUUCUGAGAGACGAGAUGGAGACGGAAGGAGAAAAGGCUGGUCAACUCAGAGGAGAAACUUUUUGCUAGAUCCAAACCUUUCAGUCGUUAGUGAACAAAGAUUUCUAGGCUUUUUUAAAGAUUUCUAUCAUUGCUGAUUUCACAGUUUCAUCCAUCUCUUUAAAGUCUCUUUGACCAAAACGUCUUCUUUUCAUGUUGCUUUGGUGCCACAGGUGCCGUAAACUUUAUUUUCUUCCUCUCUUUGGCUUUUAAUGAUGCCAAAAACUGGACAGACUCUUCGGUCUCUGUAGUUUCUCCGGUCCCUGUGGUUUUUAUUAUUAUUGUAAAGCACUGUCUGUGUCUCUCAGUUAUUCAUGUUCAUAUUAACCCACACUGGAGCUAGGGCUAGGGUCAAAUUGUAGUGUAGUUUUAUUUUUAGAUUUUUAUUCUAUUUUAUUUUUCUUGUUUUACAGUAUUUCACUUUUGUUGGUCUUUUUUGUGGAUAUGAAUGUUGUUCAGCUGAGGUUCACAUCACGGUGCCAAGAGGCUGCGUUGAAACCUGUGUGGUUCACAGACUGAAAAUCAGUCAGUGGGUAACUGUGGGUAAUUAAGGAAAGAAUGGAGGCACAAUGAAACCAAAUAAGAAAAUAAUGUCUUGUGCCUUUUUUUGUUUUGCUAAAGAGAAAUAAAAUGUGUAAGUGAUAAAACAAUAACAUGAUUAUAUCAAAUUUGUAAAACUCAUCCUUGUGAAUGGAUUUAUGGCUAAGCAUUAUACCAUUAACAUUAACAUCUGCCAGUUGGUGGAUGCUUUUAUUCAAAGUGCCUUACACUUGUAGCAUGAGUGGUACCAGUGGGAAUUAAGCCAACAUUAACAACACGGGUACUGCUAGCGGGGAGAGUAAAUAACCACGUACCUAAUGCAAAGAUCUAAUGUCAAGGUAUCACUUAACCUGUGUUUGUGUUUGUGCUGGGGCCUAUAAAGUGUACGUAUGUGAAGUGUGUAUGUGUCAUAGGACUGUGGGGGUAUAUUCGUUGUCUCCAUUAGCCCUGUUCUGCUUUGAUGGAGUUAGUUGUGGUUUAGUUUGCGCCUCCAAAGAUUGGCCAGCUAGCUAUACAGCAUUAAGAUUUUAAAAUUGAAGUCUGUAGUUUCAUCACUGGAAUAAGACAACAGUGAAACAAAUGACAAACUUUUCAAAUUAAGAUAAAAAUAUUCACCAAACAGAAACAGAGGCUCAAACUAGAAAUGAGAUUUUUCGCGAAUAACCUACCGUGCUGUUAGCUGACUAAAAAGCUAGCAAGUUGUGCUGUAGUUAUACUAGGUUUGGCUUAGUUCUAAAGACAGUGAAGACAGAAGAGUAGUUAAGGAUAUAUGCAAGCUAAGUAUCUUCUUUGCUUGCUGUCUAACUAACUAGCAAAGUACUUAGCAAGGAAGCUAGGUUAUGUUUAAACCAGGCUUGGCUAGCUUUCUGCGCAGCUAACUGCAUAAUCACCCAAUUUGUCUUGUCUUGUCUUUGCCUAGUUUGAUAGUGUUGUGAUGAAACUAGGUCUGGUAUGAUUUUAAAGACAAUCAGACCACAUCCAGGUAAAAUUUCAGCAAGUGGAGACAAGACAUAACAUCUACAUUUUGCCCGUACGUAGCAGAACUACUGUGUUAGAAUGGGGCCCUCCGAGCUGAGGGCCAAUGAGCCACUAGAGACUGAUGAGGAGCGCAUACACCUUGGACAGAUGGAGCCGUCAGAUAAGUCCCGCCUCUCACUGCAAUAACCAGCCAAUCCUGAUGCCCUCAAGAAGAUUCAUAUUGGAAAAUAUACAUUUCUUUUUCUGCCAUUAGAGGGCGCAAGUAAUGGCCUGUCAGCAAUAUGUUUCAAAAGUCCUGAAAUCCAUUCUGAUUUUGUACCGCAUAGCAUUCAAGAGAGUUUUAUUUACAGAACUGAUGCAGGAUAGAUGCAGCACAGAACAAAAUGAAUACCGGGCUGUGGACUUUAAAGUGGCUGCUUCUAAAUUUUAGGUGAACUAUGGACGGCUGGAUGUGGAGAAAGCUAGCUAGUGAUGAUGAUGUCGACAGUGAUGAUGAGUUUCCCUACAUGUACUGCAGCAUUUCAAAGCGUAAAGGUGAUUGGUCAACAUUGCAGCUGGAUUAAAGCACGUUCUUCUAGUUGGAUCUCUACAGGGCCGGUCACACCAACAGUCUUUUGAAUCCUCCCUUUGAUCAAAAUGUAAAAUGACGCAAGUACAAAUCAGCAUCACCUUCACAGGAAAGAGGGCGGAAGACCAACUAUGUUUAGUUUGAGUGCAUCUUUCAGUGUUUUUGUUGUUACAGUAGUGUUUCGUUAUCUGUACUGUAUCUUAACACUAAGAGUGUGUGUGUGUGUGUUUUAAAAGAACAUGAGUUUUGUGAAUGAGUGUUUUUGACAUUCCUUUGAGCACUGGGAGCUAGUUGGGAUUAAAGUGGUGCCAAAUUAUGUGAUUAAAUGAGGGAGAGGGGAUUUUUUAAAGCGAGAGGAAAAAGGACAGAAAGUAAGGAAACCACUAAACUCAAUCUCCCAGAGUCCUUUGCUAUAGUGAGCCUGUGUAUUUUGUUCUGGUUCCUUUAGAGAGAUAGACGAGUCUUUUAGUUUGGUUGUGUACAGUAUAAGUGAUCUAUAAUAUCUCAGUGUGUGAAUGCAGAUUAGGUGUGAUAAUUGUUAUUGAUAAUUAAUCUAUCAGAAUUUAUAGUAGCUAUUUCUCUGAUUAUUUCUAUUCUGGGAAGGUGUUGGGUUUGUUCUUUUUUUCCAACAGGAUUCAGUUUUGAACAGUUCUAACAGAGAUGUCCUGUUUCAUACAUGUAUUGUACAUAGGCUAGUAGCUGUGUAUAUUAAUAUAUUGGGAGUUGGGAACUUUAUGUUCUGUCAUCCCAAAUCAUUUUCACUCUGUACCCUCUCAUGUCUCGGUUUGUUUUUCUUAUAAUAAACAGUCAAAUUUGUCAAACAAAA